AUCUCACAUCCAGUCAAAGUCCACUUCGCAUUGUUGUAUCAUCAGCAAAAUGUUUCUUGGAGCUCUGUUCGCAGCUGUACAGGCCUCAGCACCACGCAGCCUCCUGUUCUACGGCGUCCCUGGCCUUGUCCUCCUGCUGUGGCAGGGCGGCCGGCUGCUGAACAAGCUAUGGUGGGAGCCUCGGCGGCUGGAGCGGGCUCUGCGCUCGCAGGGCCUCCGCGGCACGUCCUACCGCUUCCUCACGGGCGACCUCACGGAGUUCGGCCGCCUCAACAAGGAAGCCUGGGCGGCAAGGCCGCUGCCGCUGGGGUGCCACGACGUCGUGCCCCGCGUCACGCCGUUCCUCCACAACAACGUCCGGGAGCACGGCAAGACGUGCUUCUCCUGGUUCGGGCCGAUUCCCAACGUGACCAUCACCGACCCCGCGCUGGUCAGGGACGUGCUCUCCAACAAGUUCGGCCACUUGGAGAAGCCCCAGUUCCCGGCCCUGACGAAGCUCAUCUCCGACGGACUCACCAGCCAUGAGGGCGAGAAAUGGGUCAAGCACAGGAGGAUCCUCAACCCUGCAUUCCAUCUCGAGAAGCUCAAGCUCAUGCUGCCUGCGUUCUCUGCAUGCUGCGAAGAGCUUGUGAGCAGAUGGGCGCAGCAGUCCUUUGGUUCCGACGGUUGGUGCGAGCUGGACGUGUGGCCGGAGCUCCAGGCCCUCACAGGAGAUGUCAUCUCCCGCACCGCAUUUGGCAGCAGCUACCUUGAAGGCAGAAGGAUUUUCGAGCUCCAGUCCGAGCAAGCUGAGCGCUUCGUAGGCGCCGUUCAGAAGAUUGCAAUUCCAGGUUACAUGUUUUUACCAACCAAAAACAACAGAAGGAUGCGCCAAAUCAACAAGGAGGUUAACUCGAUUUUACGAGGGCUGAUUGGGAAAAGAAUGCAAGCUAUGAAAGACGAAGAAGGUGAAAGCAGGACCAGCGAUGACGAUCUCCUGGGCUUACUGCUGGAGUCCAAUACGAGGCACGCAGAUGAGAACGGCCAAUCCACCCUUGGAAUGACGAUAGAAGAUGUCAUCGAGGAGUGCAAGCUGUUCUACUUUGCAGGGAUGGAGACAACGUCGGUGUUGUUGACAUGGACGAUGGUGCUGUUGAGCAUGCACCCUGAGUGGCAAGACCGUGCAAGGGAGGAAGUGAUUGGCCUGUUCGGGAGAAACAAACCAGACUACGAGGGACUGAGCCGCCUGAAAACAGUCAAUAUGAUCAUUUACGAGAUUCUCCGAUUAUACCCGCCGGCCGUUGUGUUCAGCCGGAAAACCUACAAGGAGAUGAAGGUCGGAGACGUGACGUUGCCAGCCGGUGCGUUCAUUGAGCUCCCUGUUCUAUUCAUGCACCAUGACCCUGACACCUGGGGAAACGACGUGCACGAUUUCAAGCCGGAGAGGUUCGCCGAGGGGAUCUCCAAGGCGUCCAAGGAGCCGGGUGCGUUCCUCCCGUUCGGCUGGGGGCCUCGCAUCUGCAUCGGCCAGAACUUCGCGCUGCUCGAGGCCAAGAUGGCGCUGUGCAUGAUCCUUCAGCGAUUUGAGUUUGAGCUCGCGCCGUCGUAUACCCAUGCGCCGCAUACCGUGAUAACGAUGCAUCCUAUGCAUGGUGCACAGAUUAAGCUCAGGGCGAUCUGAUGAUCAUCGUAUAUAUACGGUGAUCGUAAACUUGUUUACUAAAAUAAACUAUACCUAUUGGGUCGUCUUGGAAAUAAAUAACUUUGUAUUGGUCGGCCAUGCAUGUGUAUCAAGUUAACCUUGAUCACUGUGUAAGAUUUUGGGCCAUUCUUUAAAGUUUCACACACUACGACUGCAACA